AUGUUAAAUCUGUUGAUAAUUAGUGGUACUAACACCUUUCGACGUUUCACCCCCGAGUCCUUGGCAGCAAUAGAGGAAAGAAUUGCUCAGAAGAAAAAGCAGCAAGGCAAAGUCAAACAGAAGAGUAAGGACCAAGAUGCUGAAGAAGAAAAACUUACUCCUCAGCUUGAUCUGAAAACCUGCAAAAAGCUGCCAUCUCUGUAUGGGGAUGUUCCUGUGGAGCUUGUUGGGGAACCCCUUGAGGAUUUUGAUCCAUACUACAGUGAUCACAAGACUUUUAUGGUGGUAAAUAAGAGGAGGACUAUUUUCCGUUUUACUGCCACUCCUGCCUUGGGUAUAAUUGGUCCUUUUAAUCCAAUCAGAAAAGCAGCAAUUAAAAUUCUGAUCCAUUCAUUGUUUGUUGGCUUUAUUACAUGUACUGUGGUACUCAAUUGUGCUUCCAUGGCUGUAGAUAAGCUUCCAGACUCACUCAACUUCACUGAGUAUAUUUUUACUGGCAUAUACACUGGGGAAAUAUUGAUAAAAGUAGUAGCAAGAGGAUUUGUUUGGAAUGAAUUCACGUUUCUUCGUGAUCCGUGGAACUGUGUGGAUCUUGUCGUUAUUGUCAUAAUGUAUGCUACUGUGUGUAAACCUACAGGCAAGGUUUCAGCUCUUAGAACUUUCAGAGUACUGAGGACUUUGAAAGCUAUUUCAGUAAUACCAGGUCUGAAAGUCAUCGUCAAUUCACUUGUUGAAUCUGUUAAGAAACUGACUGAUGUGUUGCUCUUGACUGUUUUUUGCCUGAGUGUGUUUGCUCUAAUAGGCCUCCAGCUUUUUAUGGGCAACUUAAAAUCCAAAUGUGUCCGCAAUGACACUACAUAUAAUGACACAUUAUGUAAGGAUGCCAAGACAUACAAUCCAAAUUAUGAUGGUGAUCAUGACAAAGAUGAAGCUAUAUUUAAUUCACAGCCUGGUCGCUGUCACAAGAAGCUGAGGCAGAUACUGCUGUCCUAUGAAUUGUCAGUGGACUCCAUUAAUGAUCCUCUCCGAAGACACAGGUUAAUGAGCGCAGCCACUGUUAUCACAGACAAUAUGCAGGAACUGCAGGAGUCAAAACUGAAAUGCCCCUCAUUCUGCAAACGUUUCGCUCAAGAGUACCUGAUUUGGAAUUGUUGUCCAUUCUGGUUAAUAGUCAAGGAGAAGGUGAAACUGGUAAUUUUGGAUCCAUUUGCUGAUCUCUUGAUCACAAUUUGCAUUAUUGUGAACACUUUUCUCAUGGCACUGGAGUACCCUGGUAUGGGAGCCUAUUAUCAAAACAUGAUUUUUUUAAGUGACAAGGUCUUCACCCUGAUUUUUACAGCAGAAAUGAUCUUAAAAAUCAUCGCCCUAGAUCCUUACAACUAUUUCCAGCAAAAAUGGAAUAUUUUUGACAGCAUAGUUGUUAUGAUUGGUCUAAUAAGCUUUGAAGAAAAUCUGUCAUAUUUCAGGCUGCUCAGGAUCUUCAAAUUGGCAAAGUCCUGGCCGGCCUUAAAUACUCUUAUGAAAAUAAUUCUGAACUCAGUUGGUGCUCUGGGUAACCUCACUCUGGUGUUGAUUAUCACUGUAUUUAUUUUUGCUGUAGUAGGAAAGCAGGUUUUGGGCAAAUAUUAUGAGGGAAAUUACUGUAGAAUAAGCACAAGUCCAAAUUUACGCUGGCAUAUGAAGGAUUUUUGUCAUUCAUUCCUGAUUAUAUUCCGAAUAUUAUGUGGAGAAUGGAUUGAAACCAUGUGGGAAUGUAUGGAAGUGGCUGAAAAAGGACUGUGUCUACCCAUUUUCUUGUUAGUCCUGGUGAUAGGAAACCUGGUGGUGCUCAACCUCUUCAUUGCCUUGCUGCUGAGUUCAUUUGGUACUGACUCCUCAAUGGGACAAGGGGAAACAGAACAAAUGACUAAAUGUCAGAUUGCAAUUGCACAGAUUCACAAGGGCCUGCAGUCUGUGAAGGACAGAAUUUGUGAUGGCUGUGGCAAAAUAAUGAAACGAAGCCUCAGAACAACAGCCAAAAAGAAGACUUCUGCCAAAGACAGAGAUGAAAACAGCUAUGCCAUGACAGAUGUCAGAAAGGAUAUAGACAACUGUUGCUUUGACACUGGGUAUGACAAUAGUGAAGAGAGUUGCUCAAUAACAAAGAAAUACGGAGAUUUUGUAACCAGUCCUAAAGCCUGUGUUCCCAUUGAAGUAGCAGAGACUUACACCAAUGUAGGUGAUGAUGGACACAGUGUAUGCACAGAAACAGAAUACAGAAAACAGAAAUGUGAUGCUGGUAGCUAUUCUGACACCAGCAGUGUGGAUCCAACUGUUGUUCUGGAGAUGUUUUCCCAGCCUAAAAAGUCACACUCACCCAAGGACUGUUUUGGAGAAAGUUGUGUUGAAUGUUGCUCGUGUUGUGCAGUGGAUAUCACUAAGUUUCCAGGCAAAACUUGGUGGAAAUUUAGAAAAACGUGCUACAAAAUUGUUAAACAUAGCUGGUUUGAAAAUUUUAUAAUUUUUAUGAUUGUAUUGAGCAGUGCAGCACUGGCAUUUGAAGAUAUUCACCUGCAGGAGAGGAAAAAAGUUAAAAUCCUCCUAGAAUAUGCUGAUAAAGUAUUUACCUACAUCUUUUUCAUGGAGAUGCUUCUAAAAUGGGUUGCUUAUGGUUUGCACAGUUAUUUCACAAAUGCCUGGUGUUGGCUUGACUUCAUCAUUGUAUGUGUAAGUAUAAAAUAUAUAUAUAUAAAAUAUAUAUAUAUUCAGCUUAGUGCCCUGAAAUCCCUCAGGACUCUUAGAGCAUUGAGGCCUCUACGAGCUUUGUCAAGAUUUGAAGGGAUAAAGGUCGUUGUGGAUGCAAUCUUGGGAGCCAUCCCCUCAAUCUUGAAUGUUUUGCUCGUCUGUGUUGUGUUCUGGCUCCUGUUUAACAUUGCAGGAGUAAAAUUCUUUGGGAAACAAUUUUACAAAUGCGUCCUCCCGGAAGGAAAUCUCAGUCAAAUUAAUAACAUGAGUGAUUGUAAUUCCUAUGGUGGAACGUGGACCAAUAGUGAUGUCAACUUUGAUAAUGUUGGGAUGGGCUACCUGGCUCUUCUCCAAGUGGCAACUUUCAAAGGUUGGAUGGAUAUUAUGUAUGCAGCAGUGGAUUCACGUGGGAUAAAUCAACAGCCAAGGUUUGAAGCAUUCUUAGUCAUGUAUAUGUAUUUUGUGAUUUUCAUUAUUUUUGGAUCUUUCUUCAUGCUGAACCUUUUCAUUGGAGUGGUUAUCAGCAAUUUUAACCAACAAAGGAAAAAGAUAAGUGGAAAAGACCUAUUUUUGACUGAGCAACAGAAAAAGUAUUAUAAUGCCCUAAAAAAGCUUGGAUCCAAGAAACCUCAAAAACCCAUCCCAAGACCAUUGAACAUGUUCCAAGGAUUCCUGUUUGAUAUAGUAUCUCACCAAGCAUUUGACAUCACUGUUGUGAUUCUCAUCUGUCUAAACAUGGUCUUUAUGAUGGCAGAAAACAACGAGAGAGACAUCAAGAAUGUUCUUAAUAACAUCAACCAUUUUUUUGUGGUGGUAUUUACUGGGGAAUGUGUCAUAAAAAUACUAGCCCUGAGACAUUACUUCUUCACCAGUGGCUGGAACCUAUUUGAUUUAGCUGUUUUGGUGCUUUCCCUUCUUAGUAUUGGACUUGAAGGCUUCCGAACGUCCCUCUCUCCUACACUGCUGAGAAUUUUUCGUUUGGCACGAAUUGGCCGAAUCCUGAGAUUGAUUAGGAAAGCCAGAGGAAUCCGAACUCUUCUUUUUGCUUUGCUGAUGUCUCUUCCUGCCCUGUUCAACAUUGGGCUUCUGCUCUUCCUGGUCAUGUUCAUUUAUGCGAUUGUAGGCAUGACCAACUUUGCCUGUGUUGGCUGGGAAGGUGGGAUGGACAACCUCUUCAACUUUCAAACCUUUGAUAGUAGCAUCCUGUGUCUCUUCCAAAUUACGACAUCGGCUGGCUGGGAUGGUCUUUUGCUCCCUCUGUUGAAAGGAUCUAAUUCGUGUGCUCCCAACUUAAAUUUAACAUCCGAACAGAGAAAUAAUUGCACGAAUAAGGGGGUUGGCAUUUUAUAUUUUGUAAGCUAUGUCAUCAUAUCAUUUCUCAUUGUUGUAAAUAUGUACAUAGCUGUCAUUUUAGAGAACUUCAGCGUUGCCACUGAAGAAAGCGCCGAUCCUCUUUGUGAGGAUGACUUUGACAUGUUCUAUGAGACCUGGGGAAAAUUUGAUCCUCAGGCAACCCAGUUUAUUGAAUAUUCUGCUCUUUCAGACUUUGCAGAUGCUCUGGCAGAGCCCUUACGUAUUCCAAAGCCUAAUAAAAUUCUGCUCAUAUCCAUGGACCUCCCCAUGGUUAGUGGAGAUAAGAUUCACUGCUUGGAUAUCUUGCUUGCUCUCACUAAGAGGGUCUUGGGAGGAUCUGGAGAUUUUGGAGGUCUUGAAUCACACAUGGAAGAAAAAUUUAUGGCUGCCAAUCCAUCUAAAGUUUCUUACAAGCCAAUUACUACCACCCUGAAAAGAAAACAAGAAGAGGUGUCAGCCCUUGUUAUUCAAAAGGCCUUCAGGAAGUACUUGGUGCAGCGUGCUUUUAAAAAUAAGUCUUUGUUGUACCGUCACAAGCGUUAUAGCAGUUCUGUCUUGGAAGAAGAACGUCUUGCUCUGAUGCUGAAUGAAAAUCAUGGUAGGAAGCUGGAUAAGUCACGGACCACAUCUUCCAUGUCACUGCCUUUAUUUUAUGAUGGGUUUGCUGAAACAGAUAGUAAUAAUGAGAAGACGUAA